AUGUCAGCUCUCAAGGUCCUCAUGGUCUUCGGGCUAUUUGAAUUUAGCUUUGGACUUUCAGGAAGGUUUUGGCACAUCACUGACCUGCACUGGGACCCGACGUAUAAACUGGGCAACGAUCCUGGACAAGUCUGUGCGUCCAGUGGAAACCGUCCAGCCAGCAAUGCAGGGACAUACGGAGAUUAUGUUUGUGACUCGCCUUGGGAGCUGAUUCUCUCUUCUUUAUCUGCAAUGAAAGCUAUUUCACCAGACCCAGACUUUAUAAUAUGGACCGGUGAUGACACACCUCAUGUACCUAAUGAACAAUUAGGAGAAGAAGGAGUCCUGGAAAUUAUAAAUAACCUCAGCCACGCCAUAAAUGAACUCUUCCCAGAUACUAAAGUUUACUCAGCUUUGGGAAACCAUGACUUUCACCCAAAAAAUCAACUUCCUGCUUCUUUCCACAACAUUUAUAACGUGACCACUGAAUUAUGGAAGCCCUGGUUGCAGCUGGAGUCCCAGGAAACCUUUAGACAUGGUGGAUUCUAUACAGAAAACCUUCUCAAUCGGACAGGCUACAGAAUGAUUGUGCUUAAUACCAAUCUGUAUUACGACCAGAACAAGGCGACAGAGGGCAUUGAAGACCCAGCUGGUCAGUUUACUUGGGCUGAUCGCAUUUUAACAGAAGCAGCAAAUAACAAAGAAAAGGUUUAUAUUAUUGGCCAUAUUCCACCAGGCUUUUUUGAAAAGAAAAGAAGUAAGCCAUGGUUCACUGCAGAGUUCAACAAGGCUUACGUGAAACUGAUUCAAAAGCAUCACGCGGUCGUUCUCGGACAAUUCUUUGGGCACCAUCACACAGACAGUUUCAGAAUGAUGUACAGCUCUGAUGGUUCUCCCAUCAGCACAAUAUUCCUCACUCCAGGCGUUACACCAUGGAAAACCACUCUGCCCGGAGUGUCCGACGGAGCCAACAACCCGGGAAUACGCCUCUUUGAAUACGACACCCAAACACUGGUGGUUAAAGAUAUAGUGACAUAUUACAUGAAUUUGACCUUUUCAAACCAAGUCCAAGAACGCUGGGAGAAGGAGUACCGCCUCACAGAAAGCUUUAGAGUACCAGACGCUUCCCCACUUUCCAUGAAUAAAGUCCUGGAACGAAUGGCACAGGACGACUGCUACCUUCAGAAGUAUUACGAGUAUAACUCUGUGAGCUAUGAUCUAACGGCGUGCGAUAAAGACUGUCGUGUGGACCACGUUUGUGCCGCCAGAGAAGUGGACUUCAGCCGCUACGAGCACUGUCUGGAAAAGGAAGCAGCUGUUUUCACGUGUGGAGGAUUUCUACCUUUUCUGUCAGUUUUCCUCUGCCUCGUUCUGAACGCAUAUUUGUAA